ACUGGCAGCAUACAGCAACAAAAUGCAUUUGUACUAUUUUCAACCAAUUUUAAACGAACAUUUUUAUUUUAAAUAAAAAGUAUUUGCAUGUGUUGUUUGCUAAAGAAAUGGUUAGAAUAAGAGGCGUGAAGUGUGCCAUAUCAACGGAUGGACAUUUACUGAAAGGCGAUGGCGUUCUUAUCACCAAUCCAAAGCAUGUUGAAUUCGCGCGCAAACGUAGGAAGGACUUUCGUCCAGAAAAUCGUGUCUGUGCAGAUUGUGCAAAAGUCUUUACACAUAUGUAUAAUAUGAAACUAAAGAGCGCUAUAGAGAAAAAACAACGUCACUCACUAACUGUGUCCUCUUCGUCGUCAGUGGACGACUUUGAUCGUAUUGUAUAUAAAACGCCGCGUACAAAGCAUUUGCGAGAUUUUGUAAAACAAAGUGCACCGUACAAUUUGGGAGGACGCUCUCAGGAGUUAAGGGAAAGUGUUGAAAAAGAAAAUCAAGCUGAUAACGAAAAUGUUGGUAACACCAGCUACGAAUCAUCAACGCAUUCGCUAAUGGUUAGUGAUGAUAGCAGUAUAAAUUCCACAACUAAUAUUGGUUUCGAAAGGGUGCCAUCUCCCGCUGCUCAUGAGGUUGUAUCAGACAUUAGCGUUAAUUCACAGCAUUUGUCACAAAAAGUAAUACCAUUAGCCAAUGCUUCAACAACUGCGACAAUUGAUAUCAGGAGUUUAGAAAAUAAUGUAGGACCAGAUGCUCAUGAAGUUGCUGAGGAAGUUCCGUCAAUCGAUAGUGACAACUCACAAAAUUCAUCACAAACUGUAAGACCAUUAGCCAACGCUUCAACAACUGCCACAAACAACGCCAGCAGAACAGAAAGUAAUAUAGGACGAGAUGAGAAUAUCACGAAGGAUUCCACAUUAUGGCGUAAACCGUUGCAGCCAGCAAAACGUAAAAGAGUGCACAUUGUGACAGAACCGCCAAGAAAUCAUAUAUCUGUAAAUUCACCAGCGCCAACUGUAAACAAUCGGGCUGCACCAGUUUCAGCAAAUUCAUCUACAAGCAGCGAUGACGACUUCGAUUUCCUACCAAGUUUGAAUGCAGUUAAUGGCACGCGUUUACCGCAUAUACAACCAAUACCGAAACGCCGGCAGUUCCAGCACGCCAUACCAACGGUGCAGGAUAUCUAUAUGCAAGGAAUCACCGGCGGUUAGAUUCGAUAAGGGAGAUCUGUUGCAAAAUUUAUAUAUAAUAUUUUAGGCCAAUUGCUUGUAUUUAUACUGAUGCUCGAAAUUAAAAAUUUUAUAGAUAUUUAAGUUAAAAAGUUGUUAAUGUGAAUCAUAUAGUAUAUUAUAAUUAGACUUCUAUUUAUAUAGCAUAAGAUAUAUUUUGUGUACUAGUAAAACU